AUGCAAAACCAGGAGCCACAAAUUGGGCAUAUGCCUGUGCCACAGCCGAAGAUGCCUGCCUCUUCCAGCCGCAUUCUGUACGAUAUCCCAUGCAAGGUCUGUCGGGACCAUUCUUCGGGGAAGCAUUACGGUAUAUUUGCGUGUGACGGUUGCGCCGGUUUCUUCAAAAGAUCGAUACGUAGAAAUCGUCAGUAUGUCUGCAAAGCGAAGUCCGAAGGGGGCUGCAUGGUGGAUAAGACACAUCGGAACCAAUGUCGAGCGUGUCGCUUGGCCAAGUGCAUUCAAGCUGGCAUGAACAGAGAUGCUGUGCAACACGAACGUGGCCCACGAAACUCGACUCUACGUAGGCAGAUGGCCUUAUACUUUAAAGAACCCGAAAUGAUGGCCAACAUGGUGCCCCCACCAGCGGGAGCUUUAGAUCUGGCUUUGCCUAAACCACCGACCGAGCCUCGUGUUUCCGUCGCAGCGCCAGCCCCUCAUCAUCCUCUUCCACACCCUAUUUAUUGCAACAGUAUGGCACUGCCCAAGAUUCCAGUGAGCGUGGCGGGUUUGUCGACCGUGCCGUUGAUCCCAGCGAUAACAGCAGAGUCCAUCUGCGAGCAGGCUGCGAGAUUGCUCUUCUUGAACGUCCAUUGGGCCAGAGACCUGGCGGCGGGAACGAGCCUGACCCUGGACGACCAGCUGACUCUGUUGGAGUCUUCCUGGCGGGAGUUGUUCUUGCUCGCGGCGGCGCAGAUUCUGCCAACGUUAGACCCGACGGCUCUGCUCACGCCAGGUCCUCAGGGUCUCGGAUUGGCCGUCGAGGUGAAUCGUUUCAGGGAAACGCUGGCUGGUUUCCACACGAUGAACCUCGACCAGCACGAGUUCGCAUGCAUCAGGGCGAUCGUGCUGUUCAAGGCGGGUCUGGAUUGCGAGCCGCUUCCCAGCAGCAGAAGCAGCAACGGUUCCGCGUCGCCCAGCACAGGAAGCAGACUGAGGGACCCAUCGACCGUCGCUAGAUUGAGAGACGGAGCUCAAUUGGCCCUGGGACAGAGGCUGAGCGGCGCGUCGUUCGGUGCUUUGAGGUUUAGCAAGCUGAUGCUGUUGCUGUCGACUCUGCGCUCGGUGUCCACCCACGCGAUCGAGGAACUGUUCUUCAGGAGGACCAUAGGCAUCAUACCUAUCGAGAGGAUCAUCUGUGACAUGUACAAAGCGGCCUGA